AUGACACUCGCCAAAGGUUGGCGAAACCAGCCUAUGGCCAACAUGCCACCAUACAACUCAACUUACGACGACACUGAAGUCCUCUACGCGGGCUCUGACGAUGAGCACUACGAUAAUCCGGGCGAAAGAAUUCGCCGAAUCGAAAAUGCUGCACAGAGAUUUUUAGAUGGGCACAUUCCAGUGCUUCUGACGUCGGUACUUAAGGGACCGUUUGAAGGGCCUCAGGCAAACGGCUGGGUCAAUCCAUGGCGCUCCAAGAGGCAUACGAUUUCGACCGGCCUAGCUGCAGCAGGAGCAACUAUUAAUUCUGCUAUUGCUCCCACUGAGGUUUCGGAAGCCGACAGUACAACAUCUUGCCAUUUGCCAAGUCCACGAAGUUUGGACCAAGUAGGUGUCACACCGCACCCUCACAUGAAUGACGAGGAUGUGGAAAGGGUUCAAGCAUGGAGAAGCGCAACAGAAUCAGCAAGCCAACUGGAUGACGAGCCUACCUGGUCACUGAGCACCGAUUUGUCGCAGCCACGAUCUCAAUCCUACAAGAAGCGCUCCGCGGCAGAUUCGGGUUGGCUAAAACGGCAGGAUAACAAGCGCCGUAAGGCCGAAGCCUUGGACGACGUCGAAGGAGCGUCCAUGUUGGUGCAGCCUAAUACGCAAGCUCCCCGCCGCCGACAGUCUUCUUCGCAGGCUGGGCAAGAAUCGCGGGAGAGGACGGUGGAUGACAGUAUGCAAAGCCUCCCUAGUACCACGAACUGCCAACGCUCUUCUCGAAGAGUCUCCCAGAGAGCUUCCGAUUGUUCGUUACAGCAUCAGCCGCCUCAUACUCCCAGUAAAGCUACCGUUCCUCCUGAGGACGGAGCCAUUGCUGCAGUGCUAAGCACACCAAUACAAACACCUCAAUCUGUUCGGAAAUUGAGGGCCACACCGAAAACGAAUGCGCACAACGAGACAAGCUUAUUACAGGAUGAUGUCGACACUAGUUCGGAAGAAGCUCAGGACAGUUCAGAUAUCAAAGUGGAGUUUGAAACCCAGGAAGAUGAUAGCUUUCUGUUUCGCGCAAGGCCCAAGAGCCGUGGUCUUGAAGCUGCUGCCGCCGCUCUUUACGAAGAUGGACAGCGUUCUACUAUCAGUAGCGACCCUUCUGAGACGGAGACAGAGUCCGAGGAUGAGGCUUUUGACCUCGAUGGGGAUACCUUUAUGGCCAACGACACCAAAGGUACUUCGCCAGAGUCUAAUGCGGAAGACGAGGGCCAAGCAGAGGAAGCCUCGGACUACAUUGCAAAACAAAGACUGGAGGGCAAGGGCUUGAUGCUACAAAUAGCAGCGGACCUUACCCAUAUUUCCAAACCCAACUCGCUAGCAUCUGAGUUUGUAAAUGUGGCGGACAGGCAAAAGAUUUUGCAGGAGCAACAUCGUCGGGGAGAAACUGGGGUCGAAUCAGAAGAGACAUCAGCCAGCCAAGAAAUUACAAUUGUCGCUCAGCCUCCAUCACAGGAGGAACAAGAUGAGAAGCAAACGCACUUUGCUUCCCCACCAACUGCUUUGCAGAAUAAACAAACCGCCACCAUCAUUAGUGUGCGCCAACAAGAUGAGCCGCCUAGUAGCGCAGCGCAGAGAGUCUCCCAGCAGAGCCCUUGGUCAAGGCCAGAUCUCACCAUAAACAGCCCCUGCCCGGCCGGACAAGCAAUAGAGAGGCAAGAUCAGAGUUUCAACACCGAGACACCUAUAGUUCAGCGGGUUCGUAAUACCGAGACUCCUGCUCACAAGAACGAUUCUCGGUCAACACCAAUUACGAUAUUGCAGUCGUCUAGUGCUACGAGUUCUUUCAACGACACUGUGAAGGCAAGGCAUCAUAAAAUGGAACUGAACACGUUACUGAACAGCCCAUUGGAAGGUUUGGUCCAUAUUUAUGAAAGUCCUGCAGUACCGGCCUCUCAGCAAAGUCCAUGGAAAACUGACACACCAAUCCUGGCGCCAGAAGGACAAUCACAAGUGAACCGUAAACCUCACGACGAAAGCUUUGUGGACCCCGACUGCCAGAGUCCCUGGACCAUGAGUCCCGAAAAGAUGCGCCAGGCUGCGCAAGCAGCUUUGAGAACCAAAUUUUUCAAUAUCCAGAGGCCAGUUUCACCAUCUCCGCUUGUUUCAUCAACACCACAGCCAAGUCUCUCUACAGUACAUGUGGUACCCGAGGUGACGCCAACGCCUGCUGUUCAAACCCCGAUACCCUCCUCGUCGGAGCCAGUCUUUGAGAUCAAACGCUUUGCAAACUUCAUGUCACCCUCACCCGAGAAACGCAGGCGUAGGCCUUUGAAGGUUGGGCUCAGUGCAGGCCGCCUCCCCAGCACUCAAAAUUUGCUAGCAGCCACCAUCGACAACCCAUGGGAUGGCACGUCGAAGUCAGCUAGACGUGUGACAUGGGAUCCGGAGGUCAAGGGUGGCGAGGAACCUGACAGCAGCGACCCGGUCACACCUACAGUAGCCAGAACAGCCUCCCCCCCGCCAGAGGUUGCUGUCGCGGAGCUCCCGACCGGUGACGACGACCAAUUCCAGAGGCACUACCAAGCCGUCUCACGCAGGACCAAGAUCAUUCACAGGCUUCUUCCCUCCGCCUCCCAACAAGUUCUCCAGAGUCCGGAGCCAAUGGCCAUGGCCGAGGCCUUUGUCAGUGCGGAUUCCUUCAAAACCAAGGCACCAACGGCGCCAGAAGCGGUUACGGCUGUGGUCGACGCUCCCUUGGCGGUAAGCGUUGAUUCUCAGGAAGCUGUGGAUGAUGUGGACGAUAUUCUCUGUAACCUAAACGAGUUCAUUCAGAUGGUCGAUGUCGAAGCUGACAUUGCACGGACCAAGGAGGAAGAGAGAAAAGUCCAAGAGAAGAAGGAACAGGAGAGAAACAAAGAUGCAACGAGUGGCGGGCGCAUUGGGGGUCUCUCCCUUGAUGGAUUCAUGGAUGCUGGGGUAUGGGACUAA